ACCAACUAGUAUUUUGUCUUCUACAAUUACCCCUUCACUUUCAAGCACUACUUUCAUCAUUUUCUGUUACAUAUCAGGACUUCAAACAGAUUCAUCAAUUUCUCUAUCUCAACUUCAGAACCAUCGAUCCAUCUCUGUUUAUCUCUCAACUUCAGAUCGAUCGAUCGUUCUAUUUAUUUAUCUAUCUACAAAUAUAUAUAUAUAUAUAUAUAUAGAGAGAGAGAGAGAGAGAGAGAGAGAGAGAGAGAGAGAAUGGCUUUUUGUGGUGUUUACAAGAGCAGUUUUCUGCAACUUGUUAGUUCUCAAAAUGGGCAUUCUUCUUCGAGUCCUUCAACUGCUGCCAUUAAUUCUAUUCCCCACGUCAAACCAAAGUUUUGUCAGGUGACAGCAGUAGCUCAGGACAAUAAUGCAAGUAUUGGCAAGAUAUUGGUAAACACUGACCACCCAACAAGGCAAUUCACAAAGACCCUCAAUUUCACUGGGGAAAAGCCCUUCACCCCAAUCUUGGAUACCAUUAACUACCCAAUUCACAUGAAGAAUCUUUCAGUAGAUGAACUUGGAGCGUUAGCUGAUGAACUACGUGAAGAGAUCGUUUAUUCGGUGUCGAAAACAGGAGGUCAUCUGAGCUCAAGCUUGGGAGUAGCCGAGCUGACUGUGGCACUUCACCAUGUCUUCAACACGCCGGAAGAUAAGAUCAUUUGGGAUGUUGGACACCAGACAUACCCACACAAGAUUUUGACAGGAAGGAGAGGCAAAAUGAAUACAAUUCGGCAAAGCUGCGGGCUUUCAGGCUUCCCCAAACGAGAGGAAAGUGUUCAUGAUGCUUUUGGUGCUGGCCAUAGUUCUACCAGCAUUUCAGCUGCCUUAGGCAUGGCGGUCGGGAGAGACUUGUUGGAGAAGAACAACCACGUUGUCGCCGUGAUAGGCGAUGGAGCCAUGACUGCAGGACAAGCAUACGAAGCAAUGAACAAUGCGGGCUAUCUUGACACAAACCUGAUAAUCAUCUUGAAUGACAAUGCUCAAGUGUCUCUCCCCACAGCCACCGUCGACGGUCCGGCUCCUCCUGUUGGAGCUUUGAGCAGAGCCCUCACAAGGCUGCAAUCAAGUAGAAAGUUCCGUCAACUUCGUGACGCAGCCAAAGCCAUCACAAAGCAGAUGGGAACCCAGACACAUGAAAUUGCUGCCAAAAUCGAUUCAUUUGUGCGAGGAACAAUGGCUGGUUCUGAAGGCUGCCUAUUUGAAGAACUUGGAUUGUAUUAUGUUGGCCCUGUGGAUGGCCAUAAUGUGGAAGACCUAGUGAAUAUCUUACAGAAGGUGAAAGCCAUGCCUGCAACUGGGCCAGUUCUCAUCCAUAUUAUUACCGAGAAAGGAAAAGGCUAUCCUCCAGCUGAAGUUGCAGCCGAUAAGAUGCAUGGUGUUGUCAAGUUUGAUCCUAUUUCAGGGAAGCAGUUGAAGACCAAAACCAAUACCCUUUCGUAUACUCGGUACUUCGCAGAGUCCUUAAUUGCUGAGGCCGAGAAAGAUGACAAAAUAGUAGCGAUCCAUGCUGCAAUGGGCGGAGGUACUGGACUUAACCUUUUCCAGAAACGGUUCCCUGAUAGAUGUUUUGAUGUUGGGAUAGCAGAACAACAUGCCGUCACAUUUGCUGCGGGUCUAGCUACAGAAGGUCUCAAGCCCUUCUGCGCUAUUUACUCUUCUUUUCUCCAAAGAGGUUUUGAUCAGGUAGUUCAUGACGUCGAUCUUCAAAAGCUUCCAGUAAGAUUUGCAGUGGACAGGGCUGGCCUUGUUGGUGCAGAUGGUCCGACACAUUGUGGGGCCUUUGACACUACUUUCAUGGCUUGCUUGCCCAAUAUGGUGGUCAUGGCUCCUUCUUGUGAGAGUGAGCUUAUGCAUAUGGUUGCCACUGCUGCAGCCAUCGAUGAUCGACCUAGUUGCUUGAGGUACCCCAGAGGGAAUGGCAUCGGUUCCAUUCUUCCACUCAAUAACAAAGGGACUCCUCUAGAGGUAGGUAGAGGAAGAGUGCUAAGGGAAGGGAUGAGGGUCGCCAUUUUAGGUUAUGGAACAAUAGUGCAAAACUGUUUAGAGGCAGCACAACUUCUUCAAGUUCUUGGCAUCUCAGCAACCGUGGCUGAUGCGCGAUUCUGCAAGCCUCUUGAUGGAAAUUUAAUCAGACAUUUGGCUCAAGAGCAUGAAGUUCUUGUCACUGUGGAAGAAGGAUCCAUUGGAGGGUUCAGUUCUCACGUUUCUCAUUUCUUGGGUUUGAAUGGAUUAUUGGAUGGACAUCUCAAGUGGAGACCAAUAAUUCUUCCAGACCGAUACAUCGAGCAUGGGCCUCAAGCAAUGCAGAUGGAAGAGGCAGGACUCACUUCCAAACACAUUUCUGCGACUGUUUUGUCACUGAUAGAAGGAAGCAAGAAAAGCAUUUACCUUUCGAGGUAUCAUUGAUGAUGUUUUUAGGCAGCUCAAACUGGCCAAGUUUUAAAUGGCUUUCUAGGUCCCUCUUAUUCCUUUUAUUUCGGGAAUAGCUUAGAGGGAACUAGCGUUCAUAAAUAGCAGCCAACAUACGUGAUUUAUAUAAUGUAUUAUAUAUGCACGUGUAUAUGUAUAUAUAUAUAUAUCUUAUAUGUUAAGUUUGAAAAUCCUUGGUCUUUUUUAA